AUGGGUGUCCAGAAUAUCAUUUCGGGGCUCGUUCGAUGCUGGCAAGGUUGUUGGCACGAGGAACUUGAGACAGUGGAGAUUGGAUUAGCGACAGUGGAGAUAAUGAUGAUGAAUAUGUAUUGUCAGUGCAAAGGGUGCAAGAGAAAGGUGAAGAGAUCAGUGAAAAACAUGGAGGGCGUGAGGGAAGUGGAAGUGGAUUUAGAGCAGGGGAAGCUCACCGUCACAGGCUAUGUGGAUCCAAACGAGGUUUUGGAGCGUGUGAGGCGCCGCGCGUGGAAGGAAUCUGAGUUCUGGGCCAUGGCCGAUGAACCCUACGUCGUUCCGUACGCUUAUGCACCUCAACCCUACGUGCUGCAGCCUAAGCAUGAUACAGAACCACCCACUCUUGCCCAUGCAAGCUUCUUCCAGGACCUCAAUUAUGCCACACCUUUCAACCAUGACAACCCAAAUGCUUGCUCUAUCAUGUAA